GGAAUACAUUGAAUGCAUCAACUGCAUCGUUGCAUCAACUGCAUAUAUAUGAAGAGACGAUUACAUCGGAGCUCUUCAACGACCGAGUAGCGACCGCACGUUUGGUAACACGAUUCGUUUCUAGCCCACGUGGACCUAUGGAUAAUAGCGCCGAGACGAUUUUCAACUACUGGUUCAGAUGCCGAUUGAUUGUAUAUAUAAAAGUACAUUCACGUAUCAAUACAUCCACCACUCGUUUGGAUUCAAAUGUUGUAGUUUCGGGAGCAGUCGAAAUCCCAAGUCCUUCAGUACCUGGUACUCGGUACGGAUGGUGUUUUCCGUGGUUGGUCCUUUUGUUUUUACUCGGGUCAUGUUGGACAGAAAAAAGAAGAAAAAAAGAUUACCCCUGUUCAAUAAUCCUCAGUAGAGAACAAGUACGGAAUACAGCUAACGUGGGACAGAGCACAGAGCUGUGGCGUACGGCAUCUCCCGACAAGAUGCAAGACCCUGACCCAAAAACAGAAAAAGGGUAAAAAAAAAAAAACUCAGCUAAGACCAGGACAACACUAAUGAAUGAUUGUCAAAUGUUUCUGUUUGAUUCUGCAUACAAAAUUCCCAAAUAUAGAAGAAGCCGGAGGCUAGUCUCUUGUUUUUUCUAGGAGGGUGGAGAGGAAAGGACCGAAGAUCGACUAUUCGAGUCAAGAGUCCAGACCGGACGGGGACUCCAGUAAGAUUCUAGGCCUGUUCUUAGGGCCUUAUUUUGUUCUUCC